AUGACUCUUGGACUACAGAGACUCUCAUAUCCAACAGCCUUUGUCCUCGCUUGUUUUCUUCCCGUACUCUCACAACUACUGAAAUCGGCUAAAAUAGCUAUGUCCGCACCUCGCGAUCUGUUUGGGGGUGCUAUCACUGUUCGUACAGCGCAUGAUCUUGUCGAUGCAUCGGAUCUGCGUCAAGUACCUGACACGCAGGAGGUUUUCAUGUACCCUUGUUCCUCUGUCAGUAUCGUCGUGGAGAUUCUCCAACGAGCAGAGCCUUCUAAUUUGGACGAUGCUAUACGUUUUCACUUUGAUUCUCUGGCACAUGACAAUUCGGCUCGCUCAGUUCACGUUGAAAGUGUCUUUACGAUUCCGACCGAUCGAGGGGAUAACACACCAUCUGCUACUAUCCUCUACGGCACCCAAUCCAUCCCCAAGUUCAACCAGUCGGUUCCUGACCAAGUGAAUAUCUACAUGGCCCUGUUCCGCAUACAGGACAAAUCCAUCGAUCUGGUGGUAACUUUCAACGUGCCCACCAGCUCAGUAGAUGGUGGCGCGGUCAAUAGUACCGGUGUCGAAAGGGCCAAAGCGGACUUCAGCGAAUUUGUUUCUUCGUUGCGCAUCGUUGAUUUUGGGCUCUUUGCCUAA